UUUCACCACAUUUCACGCGUCAACUCGUCUAGAUCACAACUAUAAACCCUAAGUCCAUCUUCUUCCCAAUUUCUCACAACACAAUUUCUCUCUCUCCCUCUAAAUCACUUCUCUCUCUACAUUCACAUAACAAACAAAAGAAUAAGAAGAAGGAACGAAGAACCAUCUCUCUAUCUCUCGAGCCCUAAGUAACUCACCGAACACACUCAUACGUCAAGAGGAAAUGGCGCAAUUCAUGAAGCUACUCGUGACAAUUGCAUUAACAAUGGCAAUCACAGUCGCCAUCAUCACCACCACAACCACCAACGCCACAACCACAAAAUUUGCUCUCGAAUAUCCUCUUAAGGACCACACACCACCAGGAGCGGUUAAGGUUAGACCGAGUCGGUUCUUGGCAGAAAAAGUCGACAACGGUCAUGGACCUAAAGCACGUAACCCAAAUGCAGCUGACCAUUGCCACAAGGAGCCAGAGAUCUGCAGCAGCAGCUAUUACAGCACCGGAGCAAACUCUACGAUGGCUUGUUGUAACAACAAAUGUAUGGAUUUAUCAACCGACGACAAAAACUGCGGUGCGUGUAAGAACAAAUGCAAGUUUGGGCAAACAUGUUGUCGCGGUCAGUGCGUUUACGUGGCUUACGAUAAACGCCACUGCGGUGAGUGUAACCAUCGUUGCGAACUAGGCGAGUUCUGCGUCUACGGUCUUUGUAACUACGCGUGAUGAUUCAAUCAUUCAUUCACGUCACGCUCACGUAAAAAACCUGAUUGAAGUAUACGGAUAUAAUUUAUUUACAUGGACGCUGAUUAAAAAAAGGUCGGUCCAGUCAAUUAUUUACUUAAUAAUUAAUAAAGUGUCUGUGUGUAUUUUUGGAUUCCCAUAAUGUUUUGAGGGUAUAUAAAAAGAUCAAUUUUCUACUUUAAUGUCUACGAAUAAAAUGGAACAUCCUCGUUUCCAGUCCUGCUGCUGUUUUUAUCUAGUUUUAUAUAAGAGUGUGUAUUAAUUAUAAUACACCAAAUAUGAAUAAUAUUCUAUUCGUAUAUAAAUAUAUAAAGAUGCAUUAAUAAACUCUCCUUUACCUUAGUCCAUCUCGAGAGAUCUACAUAUACAAAUAAAUGUUUAUGAGCAUAUGUAAAAGCAAACUUAUAACUUCAAAUAUAAAGUUCACAUGCUUCAAAGACAAUUUUAGAAUCUUAAAUAUUAAGGUUUUAACAAUAGAACCUCAAAUACAAAG